AUGGACACGACCAGGGACACGACCAGGGUCACGACCAGGGUCACGACCAGGGUCACGACCAGGGACACGACCAGGGUCACGACCAGGCACACGACCAGGGACACGACCAGGGUCACGACCAGGGACACGACCAGGGCAGGGUCACGACCAGGGUCACGACCAGGGACACGACUAGGGUCACGACCAGGGACACAACCAGGGUCACGACCAGGGACACGACCAGGGUCACGACCAGGGACACAACCAGGGACACGACCAAGGUCACGACCAGGGACACGACCAGGGUCACGACCAGGGACACGACCAGGGCAGGGUCACGACCAGGAGACGACUAGGGUCACGACCAGGGACACAACCAGGGACACGACCAUGUCAUCAGUUCCUACCCCCCUCCCCGUUAGCACCAACAGUACUCGUGGCGAGGCUGAUGCCCAGAACAUCACGGUACUGGCUAUGUGGAUGAUAGAACACCCCGGAACAGAGGAGGACGAGGAUGACAGUCACUCUAGAGGACAGGGGUCAGACAGCUCCUCGUGCCCAGGGGCCACAGCCUCGGGCGGGGGUAAGAGUCUGGAGAGGAGCUACCUACACUCCCCUGGAGAUAUGCCCAACGCCGACUCCGCAGACAUGGAGGAGGGCUUCAGCGAGAGUCCAGAGGGGCUGGACCAGGACAGUGGCUCUUCCUCCGCUGGUCCAACCCCCAGAGGGCGCUCUGCUGUCAGCAGGAAACACCGCUUUGACCUGGCUGCUAGGACACUGCUGGCCCGCGCUGCUGGUCUGUACCGCUCGGUGCAGGCCCAUCACAGCCAGGCUCGUAGAGAGGGCAGUGCCCUACAGCAGGACACUGGACCUCUGUAUGACUUUAACCUCGACGAGGAGCUGGAGCUGGAGCUGGACGAGGAGACCAUGGAGGCCAUGUUCGGUCAGGACCUGGCCAGCGACACUGACAUCCUGGGCAUGUGGAUCCCAGAGCAUGUGUGUGAGACAGAGGAACGAGACGAGGUGGUAGUGUGUGAGUUGUGUGAGGCUAGCGUUGCCAACUUCAACCAGCACAUGAAGAAGAGCCACCCUGGCUGCGGGCGCAGCGCCAACCGACAGGGUUACCGGAGCAACGGCUCCUACGUAGACGGGUGGUUCGGAGGGGAGUGUGGCAGCGGGAACCCCUACUACCUCCUCUGUGGUAGCUGUCGGGACAAACACCUGGCGGUUAAGAGUAAAACCACAGUCCCCGUGACGGAGAGGUCAGUGACGGACAGAAGGUAUAAAGGACUGGCCCCGGACCUCCUGGGGAAGCAGGACAGUGUCUAUGAAGAGGAAUGGGACAUGCUGGAUGUUGAUGAGGAUGAGAGGUUAACUGGGGACGAGGAGUUUGAGCUGCUGGCGGGACCGUUGGGUCUGAGCGAGCGCCGGGUCGUCCCAGAGGCCGUCCAGUUCCCCGACAGUGACCCCCUGGGAGCGUCCGUAGCCAUGGUGACCGCCACCAACAGCAUGGAGGAGACUCUGCUGCAGAUAGGCUGCCAGGGCGCGGUGGAGAACAGCUCCUCGGGCAGGGUGACUCUGGGGGAGCAGGCCGCAGCGCUGGAGAACCCCCACGACAGGGUCAUGGCUCUGAGGAGAGUGACCUCUGCAGCGCAGGUCCUCCUGGCCAGGACCAUGGUGAUGAGAGCCCUGUCUCUACUCUCUGUCAGUGGUUCUAGCUGCAGCCUGGCAGCAGGGUUGGAGUCUCUGGGUCUGACAGACAUCAGGACCCUGGUCAGACUGAUGUGUCUGGCUGCUGCGGGGCGAGCCGGCCUCUCCACCAGCCCCACAUCUGGAUCAGGGGCCUCAGAGCGGCCCCGCGGGGCCACCAAGGCCAGCAAACCUAUCUCCUGUCUGGCCUAUCUCAGUACGGCUGUGGGUUGUCUGGCCUCCAACAGCCCCAACGCUGCCAAGCUGCUGGUCCAGCUCUGCACACAGGUAACAACAGAUACACAACUCAGACUCACACAAAGAUAAUAGACUGAAAGAGAAACAGGAAGUG